AUGCUAGACCUCGAAACAAAUUCCAACAACAACAAAAAGGGAAUGAAUAAGGUUGAAGAAAAGAAUAUGAAUAAAAAGUGGAUUGUAAUGGGAGAUAAUAAUGAGAAUAAUGAGAAGAUAAAAAGUAGCUAUAAUAAUGAAGAUGAUGAGUAUAUGGAAGCUGUGCAAGAUGAAUCGAAUAUGAUUAAUAAGAUGGAUAAUUAUAUGAAUUAUUCUGAUCAGAGGACUCAAGUAUAUCCUAUGAGUAGAACUACAACACCUAAUGUAAUAAACAGUAUAAGUAUGGAGAGUAUGAAUGAUGGAGUUAUGUAUCCUAAUGUUUCGAAGAGUGGACUUGUGAGUAAUGAAGAAUUGAAUAAUUUGGAUAUGAAAGGAUUGAUAAGUGAAGAUAAUAAUAAUAAUAAUAAUAAAAAUAAUGAUGAUAGUAAUAAUGAGGACAGUAAUAAUGAUGAAGAUAAUAUUAAUAAUAAUAAUAAUAAUAAUAAUAACAUUAUAUACCAUGAGCAACAUGUUGAGGAAUAUGAAAAGACUCAUCAUGUGAGCCAUCCAAAAGAUAACGGUAAAUAUUCAAAUAGUGAAGAUGCUGAUAUGGUAGGAUAUGAAUCAGCUAAUAUCGAAUUUGAGAUGAAUGAAAAAAGAUUAAAUCUUCAAGAAAGUGACGAAAAAAUAAAUAACCAUAUGGAGGACCAUAUGAAUGAUUGUGAAAAUUAUGAAGAUGAAGAUCCUGGACAUUAUGAAGAAGAUGAUAAUAAUAAAAAUGAAAAAUUAAAUGAAAAUAAUAAUUUAUAUUUAAAUUGUCUUAGUGAUAGUUAUGACGAAAAUAAUGUUAUAAAAAAAAAAGAUGCAACUUCAGGUUCAUUAUUAUAUAAAGAUGAUAUUAUAGGUAGUGAUGCUUAUAAUAAGAAACAUGAAAAAACUUUAGAUUUUAAUGAGAAGAAUCAUCAAUCGGAUUGUAGUAAUAAUAAUAAUAAUAAUAAUAAUAAUAAUAAUAAUAAUAAUAAUAACAAUGCAAGUAUCUAUUUAGAUAAGAUGUGUGAUGAAGAGGCCGAAGCCGAAGAAAAUGUAGAAAUGGACGGCGAAGAAGAUAAUGAUGAUGGUGUGAACAAUGGUAAGAAUAAAUAUAAUAUAAAUUGUAAUAAAAAUAAUUCAAGUUCAUAUAAAGAAGAUGUAAUAAAAUCUCUAAAUUGUCAGUAUAAAGAGGAAGAUGAUGAAUAUCAAGAUAAUGAUUAUAAUGAUGACAUGAAUAAUGAAAAUAUAAAGAAUACCUUAUUAAAAGAAUUAUUAAUAGCUAACAAAAAUGGAUCUAUAGAUCCACAUGAGAUUAUGCAUCCUUCUGGAUGCGGUAUUAAUAAGAAUAAGGCUUUCUCAGUAAUAAUAGAUAAUUUAUUAAAUUUGAAAGAUGAUGAUGAUUUGAGUAUUAAAUUGAAUAGAUACUUAAAAAAUGAGAAAGCUGAUAUGGAAAAUAAUACUAUAAAUGAAGGUAACAAUAAUAAUAAUAAUAAUAAUAAUGGUAAUAAUAAUAAUAAUGGUAGUAAUUAUCAUAUGAAUCAUUGUAUGAAUACGGGUGGUAGUAAGAAAAAGAAUGUUAAUGUAAAAAGCCAUGUUAAUAAAAAUAAUAAUGAUUCCUUUGAGAAUUUAAAAAAGUUAAAAGUUCUUUGUGUAGAUUAUUUAAGAAUUUUGAAAAGAUUAACACCUUUAUGGGGUUCGACCGAUAGAACGUUUGAAUCACAUUAUGUAAACUUAUUAAAUAAUGUAAACUCGAAUACGUUGGAUAAUUAUUUAUGUUGUUUUUCUAAUAUUAAGAUAUGUGCAGUGAAGAGUAUCUUUUUAGAUUCCAUAAUGGAGUGUAUAGAAGAGUUAGAAAUUAUUAAGAAAUUUAAAAUGUCUAAAGAGAAGGAGGAUGGUAUUGAAGAUAAGGAUAUGAAUGAUAAGGAGGAGAUGAAUAAGAAAAUUUUGGAAGAUAUAGAAAAGAAUUUGACAAAGGAAAUUGUUGAAGAUAUUUUUCAAUUGAAUAUGAGAAAUCCAUAUAUAGUGAAUAGUUAUGGAAACAACAGCACCAAUAAUAAUAAUAAUAAUAAUAAUAAAAGUAAUUGUAGUAACAAUAAUAAUAAUAGUAGUAGUAGUAAUAGUAGUAGUAGUAGUCUUAAUAAUAAUAAUAAUAAUAAUAAUAGUGUGUCUUGUUCCGAUGGAGAAUCCCAAUAUCAUCAACAGGGAGAUAAUAACAAGAUAGGAGCACAUAAUUUAUUAUAUAAUAUGUCUGGAAAACAUAAUAAUAAUACAUGUAAUAAUGGUUUUAAUGUAUAUUAUGAUUUAAAAAAAGGAAAGGAAUGUCAACAUAAUAAUUCUUGUGGUAACAAUAGAAAUUCAUGUAAUUUAUUAUCUAGUUCACCAAAUAAUCAUACAUGUGGUACAAACCAUGGUAAUAAUAAUUAUACAAGCUGUGCUAAUAACUCAUCGAGUUUAAAUUAUUCAAAUAUAUUUCCUUUCAAUUGUUUGAAUACGAAUAAAAAUGCUAUUUCAUUAAGCAAUAAUGGAAAUGUGGGUUCUACACCAGUAGUAAAUAAGAACAACAACAAUAAUAAUAAUAAUAAUAAUAAUAAUAGUAAUAAUAAUAAUUAUUCUGCAGUCUCUUCUGGGGCAUAUCAUAAAAAAAGUUGUAAUUAUUCGGAUGAAAAUAUUCUUAACAAAUUAAAUGUAAGUAUAGAUUACAGUUCAUACAAUGAUUUUAAUAAUAACUAUAUCCAAGAAGCUGAAAAGGUCGUAGAAAAAUAUAAAAAUUUAAGCAAACUAAAUUCUAAGGAUAGUGAUAAUAUGUAUAGUACCUGUAGCCAUUCUAGUGUCCAGGAUAAUAUUAGUAGUGCUAAUCUUAAUACUUACUUACAAUUAAAAAUGCUUAUGUCUGAGUAUGCAAAUACGUGUGUAAAGAAUGAUAAAAUUAAACUAAAGGAUUUGGAUAACAACAUGAGUGAUUUGAAUAUUCUUAAGUAUUUAUAUUCUCAAUUGAAUGGUGGUUCUCUCCUAGAGGAUAAGAAUAUUUCAGAGUUGUAUCAACUCGAUGGAGAAACUAAGGAUGCUAAAAAUUAUUAUGACAAUAAAUUAAAGCUCGAGUGCUCUAGUGCUAGCGAUAUAAAUAAAUUUUUACAAGAUUAUAAAUUGAACGAUGAUGAUAAUUAUGAAGAUAGAGAGGGUUACUCGAAGUAUGAUAAAGAGCAAGGAUUAUUGUUGAAUGGUAAUGAUACUAAUAUGAAUUACUUAUCGAGUAGUUUACAAAAUAUGAUGAGAAAACGAAAACAUUAUGAUAAUUACACAUCAACAAAUAAUACCACAACUAAUAAUAAUAAUAAUAAUAAUAUUAAUAGUAGUAGUAGCAAUAAUAAUGUUAACAACCUAAAUAACAAUUCUCUUUCUGAUUUGAAUUAUUUAUUAUACAAUACUAAUGUACUUAAAAAAUUAAAAUUGAAUUUACUAGAAAAUAAGAAAGGUAACAAUAUAAAUAGUACACAUAAUGGAUUGCAGAAUCUUACGGGUAGUAGUAGUAGUAGCAGCCUUGUGACCUCUGGAGUUAUGGGGAAUAAUGAUUAUCGAAAAAAAGAUACGAAUGAGUUAUAUAUGGAUGAGAAUAAUGUUAUCCCUGGUCACAUGACUACAAGAAAAUCAUAUGCAUCUAAUAAGAAUAAUUUAUUAAAUAACAUAAAGAAUUUUAAGGAUAUAUUAAAUUUAUCUCAAGAAAGUUUAAAUAAAAAGGGUAUGGGAAAUUCUUAUAAAAAUUCAUUUGAUCAUAUAAAUCCGAGUACUUUAUAUGAUUUUAUAUUAAGUACUAAUAAUGCGAAUAAUAUAAUGGAGAGUUCUGUUCACGUAGGAACUGGCAACAACAACAAUAAUAAUAAUAAUAAUAAUAUAAUGAUGAAUACUAUUGGUAGUAAUAAUAGUAGUAUAAAUAAUAGUAAUCAUAACAAUAGUAAUGGAUUACAUAACAGUAGUUAUCACAAUCUUAAUAAUAAUACUAAUGGUCAUCAUAAUAAUAUGAAUAAGAAAAAUAGCUAUGACUAUAACACGGAUUAUAAUUCUAAGGUUAGUAUGAAUGAUUCUGAAUUAUCGUUAAAUAAUCAUGAUAAUAAUAAUGAUGUAAUAAUAAAUAAUAAUAUGCAUGGAGGAAAGAAUAUAAGUAAUAAGAUGGGCGAUGGAGUAAUAAAUUAUAAAAAGGGUGAUAUGAAUAAUAAGUCCUUAUCUGCCCACAAUGCAAAUAAUAAUAAUAAUAAUAAUAAUAAUGGUAAUGGUAAUAGUAACAAGAAUACAAAGAAUAUUAAAAAUAAUACAAACGGUACAAACAGUACUACAAACAGUACAAAUAAUGCAAAUGGUAAUAACAAUAAUAAUAAUAAUAAUAAUGGAAAUAAUAAUAACUAUACAGGUGGGAAAUUAAAAUAUGAAAUGCCUGUAGGGGUAAAUCCAAAUGAUGAUAAGGUUAAGGGUGUUUACUUUUCUAAAUCUCCAAGAGGUGUUGGUAAAUGGAAUGCAUAUUUUCAAAUUGCAAAUAAUAAAAGAUUGUUUACAAGUUUUAGUGUUAGUAAAUAUGGAUAUAAUGAAGCCAGGAAAUUAUCUAUAUUGAAAAGAACUGAAUGGGAAAAAGAGUAUAAGCAUCAUACUGAUUUAAAGAAUUCUGAUGGAAAAAAAGGAAAAAAAAAAGCGAAUAGUGUAGUUGCGGCAACAUCUACAAGUAGUAAUUUGAUUAAAAAUAAUAAUAAUAAUCACCAUCAUAAUAAUCAUCAUCAUAGUAAUAAAAAUAUAUCUAAAGGAAAUUCAAAUAGUAGUGAUGGGUCUAUAACAUAUGCAAAAGAUAAUAAAUUGAAAGAUGAUGCAUUAUUAUAUUCUAAUGAUGAUGAAGAUGAAGAUGAAGGUUGUUAUCUUGGUAAUAAUAAAAUGAAUCAUGUAAAUAAAAAUAACAACAACAACAACAACAAUAAUAAUAAUAAUAAUAAUAAUGUUUUAUCAGGGAUGUUGGAUUUAUCAAAUGAUUUAUUAGAUCAUCAUUUGACAGGUGGUACAAGUAAAAAGAAAUUAAACAAAUUGAAUCAUAUAUCAUCUAAUCAUGAUUAUAUUAAAGUUGAAGAUAAUAUGAACUUUUUUAUUGAACGACCAAAAAAUGAUAAUAUAGAUACAUUUAAUACUGUAGAUUUGUUACGAUCAAGUUUAGCAGGUGAAAAAAUAAAUUCUAAAAAAAAUCACAUGAAUAAUAACAAUAAUAAUAAUAAUAAUAAUAAUAAUAAUCAUUUUUCUUCAAAUUCAUUAGGACAAGCAGCUAUUAACGUUUAUAAUAAUGUAAUGGAUAGUAAUAAACAAUCUUCUAUAAAUGCCUCCAGAAUUUUAUCGAAUACUUUAGGGAUAUCAAAUAAGUAUAUAAGAAAUUUACAUUUCCCUUCAAUAGAUUCGCACACGGUUAGUAACUUCCUAGAUGCCGUAGCAGAUGAUCAAAAAAUUUCUUCCUAA